AUGGCUUCAAAUCUGGAGAACGCUGAUAUUUUGAAAGAUUUUGAAACACAAGUUCGAAGAGCAAAAUGGUUCAAAGACGAAUUGGAAAAGCAAGAGGGGUGGACGCAAAGAUUUAAUAAAAUUGGAGAAUAUAACUCAUGGAGCAAAACAUUUCCAAAUGACGAAGUGCCGGCGAAAACUUUAUUUAGGUUCGAAAAUCUGCAAUUAAGUGCUGAAAAAUUUGCCGAAAUAUUGCAUCCCUCGAAACUCGAUAUUCGAUUAAAGUGGGACAAAACAUUCACUGGCACAGAGAAGUUGGAAACUUUAUCAGAUGAAUCAGCAAUUGUUUUUACGGUUGUGCAACUUCCAUGGCCUUUUACUUCGCGUGAUAUGGUUUUGCACUUGUCAACGGCAAAGGGAAUCGAUUGGUUUGGAAGCAAAGCUUUUGCAAUAUUUGUCAAUAAUGCCAAACAUGCGUUAAAGCCACCUCGAGGAGAUGGUAUGGUUCGGGCAACUAAUGGUGGAAAUUUUUACAUUGCUGUACAAGAUAAAGAGGAGCCUGAAGUGAGAUGCGAAGUUUUUGGUUUGACGAAUAACAACUAUAAUGGUUGGUUGCCUAAAAAAAUGAAUGGUUUCUUUCGCCAAGGGCGUCGAAAGUUUUCUAUGCGUUUAGAGAAAGCGUAAUUCAAGGUUAUA